CGUAAACUGUAACAGCCAUUGUAAAAUGGGACAGAUGAAAUAAUAGAGGAUUAAAUAGGAAAACCUCCCUGUUAUAAAAGAUCAAUUAUAUAAAAUUUACUCUAAACAAAAUUUUGGGAGUACAAUAUUGUCUAGAAAGAAACGAUGUAGUUUUUGACUACCCUCAUGGUGGGAACGUUUAAAACCCCAACGGCUAGUUCCCAUCCGACCGUGUACACACUUUUACAGUCCACACUACAUAAACGGAGCCUUCCAUUUUCAGACAGAUAAGAAGAGAACCCGUUUUUUCGUCCUUUCACAUAAUUAAACCAAAGCCAAGAACAAAAAAAACAAAGAUUCAUUGAUUGAUUAGCAGAAUGGUGUCCUCAUCAUCAUCAUCAUACUACGGCACCACCAUCCACGAAUCCAUCGCCUCCUUAUGCAAGAACAUCCUCCAGCCUUUCUCCUCCUUCAAGAAGCCGCGGCUGCCUGCGAUCGCGGCGGCCGAGCAGCGGCUGUCGAAGCAGCAGUCGGACAACCUCAAAUGGCAGCAGGACUCCUUCCACCAAAUCCUGAACUUGAUGGGGCUCAGCAAGGAGGGAAUUCUGGCCGAGUCUGAGGUCUCCGCUUUCCGCUCACACCUCCUCGACACCCUCACCGCUUCUCCUCCCGAUCUCGAGCACUCCUCCAUUUUAAGAGACAAGCUCAUCUUCUUACAGGAGUUAUUCUAUGCGAAAUGCAUAUCGGAGGAGGAGUAUCAUUGGUCAAAGAGGCCUCUGUUGCAAAGGCUAGCAGUUCAAGGGGGUGAGAUUGAGGCAAGAAAUGUGAUUUUAAGAUCAAAGAAAGAUAGUAUUCCAGAUGAGGAGUGGUCUGUUAUAGACUUGACCCCUAAUAAGAAGCAAACUAGAGGUGAAAAGACGAUGAUGAAAGAAGAAACAAAUGAUCCCAACCCUCUUUCCCAUUCUAUGGAAAAUCCAUUUUGGAGCGAAACAAAGUCGAUCCUUAUGGAAGACAGCUCCUCGGCCCCGGUGCCCUUUGUGAAGAAGAAGAAGGAGGCCGAGAAAGCAGCGAAGAAGAAACAAUGGGCGGGGGGGUUUGAUGGUUUCAAGAAGUGGAAGAAAACAGAUCCCUCGGAGGACGAAACGGUUCCCUUGUCAAUGGCUGAGAAAUCAGAUAGGAAGCCGAUCAAGAGGAAAGCCACUCCUGAUUUCUAUGUCAAUAAGGUUUUGGGGGAGAAUAUAAAGAAGGAAUUGUCGCGAAUCCAGACAAAACUGAGUGAAAAGAAUCCUUGUGUUCAAUUCACGGAUGAUCAAAUUGAAGCAAUUUCAACGACGCUCCCAGUUGACAAAGCUGACCUGAAAAUGUUCUUCCCCAAGGAGUGGUGCGAUCGGUAUGGGGAUGAAAUCUUGGGGGUGGUGAGUAGAGAAAUCGAGAAGCAUGUGGCAGAGAUGGGAGCAUAUGCGCAAAAAGAGAAGCACAAAAGCGACUCCAAGAAAUGGGAAACCUUAAAAGAGGACGACGAAGACGAUGAAAAUGAAGAGAAUUGUCACCCAAAUAUGUUUGGUAGUAGUGAUGGCAUGAUGUAUACUAGCAGCAGCAGUGGCAUUGAUAAAGGAGGGUUCAAGUAUAACCCCUUCUUUGAUGUGUUAUAAUAAGCUCCAUCAAAUGUAAUGUCACCCCAUGAACAAACCAGAACCCUUUUCUGGCCCCCUCUUCUUUUUUCUAUAUUGAAUAUAUAAGCUGUUUUGAA